AUGUCAAGAACCCUCUCCUCCGCCGUCCCGCGCCUCACCUCGCGCGGCAAGCUCUCCGCCCGCUGCGGUCCUCUCACCCUCGCCGCGGCGCCGCCGACGGCCUCCCAGCUCCGCCGCCCCUUCUUCAGCUUCCCCGGCGUCGGCACCGGCGCCAGCACCACGCAGCAGCUCACCGCGGACCGCACCCUGCCGUACCCCUCCGGCCCUCUGUACGAGCUCAUCGCCGACGUCGACUCGUAUGACCGCUUCGUGCCCUACUGCUCCAGCUCGCGCGUCACGCAGUGGUCCGCCCCGGACCCGCGCGACGCCAACGGCCGCCGCUGGCCCGUCCUCGCUGACCUGCACGUCGGCUGGGGUGGCUUCAACGAAGUCUUCACCAGCCGCCUGCGCUGCGUCCCUGGCGUCUCCGUCGAGGCCAUCAGCGGCGAUCCCGCCGACGCCGACGCUGCCGCCGUCUCGACCGUCUUCAAGAGCCUCGUCACCCGCUGGUCCGUCCGCCAGGUCGCCGACCAGCCCAGCCCCGCGACUGAGGUGCAUCUCUCCAUCCAGUACCAGUUCGUCAACCCGCUCUACGCCGCCGUCAGCGCCGCCGUCUCGGACAAGGUUGCUGGCCUCAUGAUCGAGGCCUUUGAGAAGCGAGCACAUGAGAGGCUGGCGUCUCCUCCCCACUACCCAUGA